CCAUAUUAGAUGUUGUCUUAGCAACGUUGCUGUUUCAACAAAUCGGGAACUCGAACUGGACGAACGUCACAAAGCGUGCUUAAUAUUCAUAACGCAAGCCUUUGCCAUAGUAGUGUUUAUAAAUUUUCUUGUUGGUUUCCUCGAUUACGAUGGCAACUAGUCCUAAAAGACCCUCAUUAGGGGCUAUGGCCCCUCGUAAAAAAGCUAAUCCAAAGCCUGAACUGACAGAGGAGCAAAGACAGGAGAUCAGAGAGGCAUUUGAUCUGUUUGACACGGAUGGUUCUGGUUACAUUGAGGUGAAAGAAUUAAAGGUGGCCAUGCGUGCACUUGGUUUUGAGCCUAAAAAAGAAGAAAUCAAGAAAAUGAUUGCAGAGGUUGAUAAAGAUGCUACUGGAAAAAUCUCUCAUAGUGAUUUUCUCGCAGUGAUGACCCAGAAAAUGGCUGAGAAAGAUUCAAAGGAAGAAAUUCUUAAAGCAUUUCGUCUGUUUGAUGAUGAUGAGACCGGCAAAAUAUCCUUUAGGAAUCUAAAGAGAGUCGCCAAAGAACUGGGUGAAAACCUCACAGAUGAGGAACUACAGGAAAUGAUUGAUGAAGCAGACAGAGAUGGUGACGGGGAAGUAAACCAGCAGGAAUUUCUUCGCAUUAUGAAGAAAACAUGUUUGUACUGAAUGUCAUCGUAAGCACAGGAAUGUGAGAAAAUUAAUGUAAACAUUUUCUAGAUCUUUAUGAUUUGAGUUUUCCUUCACAGUAUCAUUCCAAAACCUCAAUGCCUGUUAACACCGGUGGUCAUUUAAGAUCUCUGAGUUUGCCAAAUAAUAAAGACGUCAGCGUUUACACUAUAUUCUUAAAUCUUAAAGAUCAGUAUACAUUAGCACAUAACAGAGGUAACUCUUUAUGAGUUUAUGCCUUAGGGUUUGUUCAUAUAAAAAUAUUUUAUCACUAAAUAAAUGAUCCUGAUCCCUUUGUGAUUAUCUUGUGUUAUAAUAAGGUGUAAAGUGUUUUCUGUUAACUUGAUCAUCACUCUUUUCUGUUGUAUGCUUUCAGGGACUUAAGCUAUAUGUACUGUAAUCCCUUCUCUGUGCCUGAUAGAUAAUAGAUUUCUGCACUUCUAGUGAAUACACUGCAAAAAAAAUACUUGUUUUUACUACAAAAAUUCUUAAAUCAAGAUGCAUUUUCUUGAUGAGAAAUAAGUUCAGUUUUAUACAAAAAAUAUAAAAUUUAGGUG